AUGAAUUGCACUUAUCAUAUAAGAAAUCAAAUAUCAUGUAUAUAUAUAGCUCCUCACAAAUGUUUAUGUCAAAGGAAACUGUGUGCUCAAUGUCUUUAAGAACAUGAAAUCGAUGUAAAACAUGCAGUUCCAAUUAAUAUAUUUAAAAAAAUGGUUUUGAAUAAAUUAAAAGAAUAUAAGCUUGAUGAGACAUCUGAAUUAAACAAAUAAAGAAUGAAUGUUAAAUCUAUGCUUUCUCAAACACAAAGUAUGCUGAAAAAAAUUUGGGAAAAUUAUAAGAAUCGAUUAAAUAAAUUUAUGAUAUGA